AUGUCUCAUAAAUUGACAAUUCAACCGUAUCUAAUAAAAUUUAUACCGACCACCCCAACAGUAACCGAAGAUAUUACAAUAUAUGGAUUUGACUUGGAUCACACUCUCAUCAAACCAAAAGCACCAAAUGCAAUCCACAGUCGUUCAUCUGACGAUUGGGUAUUUAUGGAAUUUAACGAUGGUAUAGUGACAAUUGACAGAUUGAUAGAGAUUGCAAAGGAAGACACAACUUCACAGAUAGUAGUUUUCACAAACCAAGGUGGUGUAGUUGCUUCACCUCCAACUUCCAAAAGUUGUGUGAAAUUUACCGAUAAAAUUAAAUUGAUUUUGAAAUAUAUAUCUGAUUUGCCAGAAGGUCAGAUACUUUUGGGUAGAUUAUGGAUAUAUGGCUCUCCGAAGAAACCAGCUUCCUUGUUUCCUACCAAAAAGGGUCAGAAGAAAACACAAAGUACCUUAGGAUCAGUCAAUAAAUUGAAAAAGGCUUCAGUGCAUAAUAAACUCGGUGAUGCAGUUUUAACACCAGAAAUAUUUGAGAAUAUGAGGAAGCCUCGUUUGGGCAUGUUCCAGGAAUUUAAAAGGGAUCUGACAUCUGAAUGUACAGAUUUAAAAAUUAAAUGGAAAUAUUAUUGUGGUGAUGCUGCAGGAAGGAAAUCUGAUUUCAGUGAUUCAGACAAACAAUUUGCAGCGAACUUGCAAGUUGACUUCAGGUUACCUGAAGAAGUUUUCAAGAAGUAA